AUGCAUGCGUCCUCUCACACCCCCCAUCCCCCACCCCAUCGCCUUCCCGCUCGCCGCGAAACGCCCUCCCAUCCCCCACCCACUUUCUCCUCCCAUCGCCUGCCUCGUCGCCUUCGCACUCGCCCUCAAACGCGCUAUCCGCGCCCUCCCUCUCUCCCUUCUUCUCGCCCUUCUCUCCCCCCCUCCCCUGUCGAGCUCGCUUUCUCUUCCCGUCACAAUUCCCGUCGCCCCCUCCCUCUCACUCCUCUCACCUCCCCUCCGAAACACCCUCGCGUCACCCACCCCGUGUCUUUCCUCGCUUCCCAUCGCCUCCGCGCUCUCCCGUCCCGUGUAGAGGGCGGCGUGCACACUUGUCGCGGCGCGAGGGUUCCUUUUGGCGCCAUCAUCAAUUUCGGAUCGCGGCCAGGACUUUCCAUGCCCGUCCCUCACGACCAACAUUGUGUCUUCAUGCUUGCGACUAAAUACAUUCCCGACUCUCCAAACCUUCGCACUGUGACUUCCACUCCUUCCCCUUUUUCUGUUACGGCGGCGCGUGUCGAGUGCAAGGAGAAGCUGCCGCCGGUGGAAGACAUAAUAAGCGAAUUUACCAAGGGCAACACGCCGCCUUCGUCUAACACACAUCCUCUUGUGGUCGUGCAGGACCCUUCUCUGCUGAAAGCGCCCGAGCAGCCAGAGGGGCCCUCACAGAGGCCCGUUGCCGUCAUGUUCGAUCCUUUCGGCGAAAAUCGUAGCAUUGCCGACGCUGUUUUCGCUGAGAUUCAGAUCAUUCUCGGUCUCGCACUACAAGCCGCACAACCUUCUCUGUCAACGGAGGAGGUGGAAGAAAGUCUCCCACGUCUGCGCACUGUGUUAGCUCCGACCUACGGCUGCCCCCGCCAGGACAAUGAUUAUGACUGCGGCAAUCUCGAAGAGGGCCUACAGGCGCCUCUCACCUACGGUGCCGGGCAGUUGCGGCGGAACCUGCGCGCCGACGUAGUCCUCAUGGCUACGAAUCUUCUCAUUCAGGCCCUGAUCACGGAGCGGUGUGUCGUCCCGGAUCAGAAUCCGCCACUCAGGAACAGGGUAAACUCAACACUACCGCCGGAGUUUGUCGAGCUGGACAACAAGCUUCGGGAUGCUGUGGGUGAAAUCCACAACACUCAAUGCCGACUGAAGUGCGCCGAAGAGGAGACGGAGCGCGUGGAGGGGAAGGUGGAUGCCCAGGCCCGAGAACUGAUGGUGGUGUGGGCAGAGAUUGAACGACUACGCGCCCUUGUUGGUCCGGCAGAGAGAACCCCAGCCUUGCACUCCCCUACACGUGGAGCCUGUUUCGUAGCCGCUAUUCAGCGGGCUACCCCCGACGAGGGCGGAGAUGCAGUGUCACUGCGUGCUGCAGAUGCCGUUGUGAGAAACCUGAUACUGAACACCCAACCGCUCGAGCAAUCACUGAACGGUGUGGCACAAGCCGGGCAGGGACCGCGGCCCAACCUGUUUGUCCCCGCGGGCGCCGUCUCCGAGGUUAAUUCCGCCGCGAUUGCAGUGCAUGGAAGGCCGCGUGAGACACAGGGCGAAAGUCAGGGGCCUGAAGGGUCGCGUGUUGGGUUUGCCGGCGUUCACUUGGGGCGCGAUGGGCUAUGGGUGGCUCGUCUGGUUACAGAUCCCAAGGCUCCAACCACCAUUGGGCUCGGGUCUUGGGAUGACCAGAUCGCAGCCGCAAAGGCUUUUGCGGCAGCAGCAUAUGUGGUGCGUCGUGACAAACCAGUGCGCGGAAGGGUGCUCCCACUUUUGCCAGAAGAGCAGGAGCUUCUGAGAGGUUGCACUACACAGCACGUCAUUGCCCUCUCCAGGGUCCGGGCAUGGGGCAGCUGGACGCGAUGGCGCCAGGAGACAGAGGCGAGGGGAAUCGUUAUUGCCCCCCCGGCAGCAGCUGACAGUGCACCUGCAACGGCUCCAACAGCCGCGGAUGUCAUCGCCGCUGCAGGUGUCGACUUGCAUGCGCAGGAAACCCAUGACUCCGCUCCUGGUGGCAAUGCAGCCGGCGCCACAGCAACCGUCGGACUCCCGGCGACAAAUAACGGUGAAGCCCCUCGUGAGAAUGCGCUUGUGGUGCAGAGCGAUACGGCAUCUUGA